AUGAACUGGAAAAGUAUCACCUUCGACUGGAACCAGGCCCGGGCCUUUCUCGUGACGGCAGAGGAAGGAUCCCUGUCGGCUGCCGCACGCGCUCUAGGCCUGACGCAACCGACCCUGAGCCGUCAAGUCGCCGCACUGGAGGAAACACUUGGAGUUACCUUGUUCGAACGGGUUUCCAAAAGCCUCGUUCUAACAGAGGCCGGUAUCGAGCUUGCCGAACACGUGCGUGCCAUGGGUGACGCGGCCAGCCGGAUCUCGCUUGCAGCGUCCGGCCAAUCCCAACAGAUUGAGGGAUUGGUGACAAUCUCCGCAACAGAUCUGAUGGCAGCGAACGUUCUGCCGGACAUCCUUCGGAACUUGCGCCGCAAGGCUCCGGCCAUCGAACUCAAGGUCCUUUGCACCAAUAGUCUCAGCGACCUGCGGCGGCGCGAGGCGGAUAUUGCCGUGCGCCAUGUCGAACCGGAUCACCCCGAUCUCUAUGCGCGCAAGCUGCGCGAAGCACCCGCCCGGAUCUAUGCCGCAAGAUCCUAUCUGGAAAAAAUCGGCAGAAAGCCAACCAGGAAAGACGCUGCGGAUCUCGACUUCGUCGGCUACGACAAUAAUGAAGAACUGGUCAAAUAUCUGCGGGUCUUCGGACUCGAUGUCAGCGAGGCCAACAUAAAUCUCGGUUCGCCCAGUGGCAUCGUUGCCUGGCAAUAUGUCUGUGAAGGGUUCGGAUUGUCGAUCAUGGCCGACGAGAUCGCGGUACGCUACCCAGAAAUUGUUCCAGCCUUUGAGGAUGUUGAGCCGAUCACGUUUCCGAUCUGGCUGGUCACGCACCGGGAACUUCACACCAGCCGCAGGAUCCGCAUGGUGUUUGAUCAUCUGGCUGAGGGAUUGCUCGCGGUCAGACCACCGGUCGUGGGUUGA